AUGGGAGUAGACACAUCACUGUCUGACGACCAAAUACUGGAAGCAGUUAAGUCUGAUCCGCCCACUCUCGCAGCGCGAAGAAUACGAAAGGACGCCGGAGCGGUCAGGCUCACUUUCCUCGGCCAAACUCCUCCCAAGCAGCUAUGCCUACACCUCCUGACAAUGCAAGUCAGGAAUUACUUGCCACGAGCGACACAGUGCAAUAAGUGCAUGAGAUACGGUCAUGUAGCGGCGUAUUCCAUCCAUAAGAAAAUAUGUUAUAAUUGCGGUACGCAUCACGAGGCUCCUGAUUGCCCCACUUCCGAGCCCCUCUGCAUCAACUGCAAAGGGAAGCAUCUGGCCACCUCAAGAGACUGCCCGAAAUUCCGGAAGCAAUGCCGCAUUAGCAGGGAAAGGUCCAGGUCCAACACCAGCUACAAAGAGGCACAAGUCAAGGUCAGAACGAAGCAGCGCCAAAGAAAACAUAGGCAAAGGAAUAUACAAAAGAACCCACGGAAGACUGGAAUUCAGCCGUCGGGUAUGAUUAUUCGCGAUAAAGAACAACCACCACCAUUCACCGAGCGUGACUUUCCUCUGCUGGAACCGCAAGGUCACCAAAACAAGCAAAGUAAUUCUGUAUCUGAGAACAGCAAUAAGGGACGCAGUGGCUCAUCACAGCCACGCUCUGGGGAUCAGAGGAUGGCACUGGAGCGAGCGCGCAAUACAGACAUGACCGUAAUCGUUAUACGUCUCCAUUUUGCAGCCCUCAAAGCCAUCGUAAAUGCGUGCCCUGAAUGUACCGCCCUCGAGGAGGUUCAACCAAUCAUGAAACUAGAAAAUAUUGUCACAUCCAUGGCCAUAGCUGAUCCCCAGAGGGAUUAG